CACCUUAUGUGUUGGUACCGUUUCCAUGGGCACAGAGAGGGAUAUCAAGCGGUUUGUCCCCCUUUUUUUUCUCGUGCGUUGUUACCAUGGAAACAACUCCUGACAACUGUUUGGUGUAACUGGAGCGUCUGAUAAAUCUGUGGGUUAAACACUUAGAGAAAGUAAGCUGUAUAGAUUCAGUUUUAACUUUACAUUUAAAACGAGCCACAAAGGAAUGAAGACUUGGAGCCAUGUCUGUCAGCUCACGGAUUUCCAAAGGCAGAGACAAUGACGGAGUCUCACAACGCUUCCUGACCAGCGGGACGCCGGAGAUGAAGGAGGAGCGUGAGGCGAAGCGUGCUCAGCUGGAUGGAAGGCAUGAUUACAUCUUCAACAUCUUGGCUCUGUGUCUGGGACUGGAGAAGGAUGUUGUGGAAGAUGCCAUCCUGGAGGGAAAUCAGAUUGAGCACAUGGAGCAGUUCUUUGUGGCUGAUGGUCUUUCAGUCCUCAUGUUCUACUAUCAAGCCAAUGGACCGACUGAAGGAGCAGCUGAAAGCUCGGCAGUCGUUUCCCAGCAGCCUGGUCAAAAAAACAGGAAAAAAGUGUUUUUAACGGACGGGAAGACUGUGGAAUUGACUGGAUUGUGUGUCUUCUUUACAAGAAGCAACAAUGCAAAACCAGUGACUUCUGAGAACAUACACAGAGAUAUCUGUUUCAAUAUGCUGGACACAACAGAAGUGGGGCUGCUGAAGAGCAUGGAGCAGUUGUUGUAUGAGGUCUUCAUGCCUUCGCUGAAAAAGAUUAACCAUGGUUGGGGGGAACAAGACAGUCCUGAGGCCCAGACUGUAAAGGAGGAAUAUAUAUCUUUAUUUGAAAGCUUUGCCUCUGUUCUUGUUGGAGCGGAUGAGUGCAUAAAAGAAAAGGUCACUUUGCAAAAGUGCGACACAUUUGACACGAAGGCUUUGAAAACUCCAGCAGAUUACACGGCUGCAGCCAACAACAGCACAGAGGUGAAGAAGUUAGAGACCUGCAUGAAAGUCUGGAUCCAACAGAUCGAACAGAUUCUGUCUGAGAGUAACCAGCUUAGAAAGGUGACUGAUGACCUGGGUCCUCGUGCGGAGCUAAACUACUGGAAGAAGCGGAUGGCCCGCUUCAGCUAUCUCCUGGAGCAGCUAAAAAGCCCUCAUGUGAGGACUGUACUGAGGGUGCUCGGAUUGGCCAAAUCAAAGCUGAUGAAGUCGUGGGCCGAAAUAGACAGGAGGAUCACAGUUGCUUCAAAUGAAGCAAAAGACAACGUCAAGUAUGUGUACAGCCUGGAGACCUUUUAUGAACCUCUCUACAAAUGUGACCCUGUGGCAAUAGUGAAAGCAGUCCCAAGUUUGAUCAAUGCCAUCCGAACGAUUUACAACGUUUCUCGCUACUACAACAACUCAGAAAAAAUAACAACACUUUUUGUGCUGGUGACAAACCAAAUGAUCUCGAGUUGCAUGGCUUACAUUACAAACAAUGGUUGUGAUUCAAUAUGGGACCAGCCUCGGCAAGAGAUAAUUGCAAAAAUGAAGGCUGCUAUUCACUUAAAUCAGGAGUACAGGCGCUGUUUCCAACAAACCAAGAGGGAGUUAGAGCAGUCUCCCUCAGAGAAGAACUUCGACUUCUGCGAGGCGUACCUUUUCUGGAAGUUUGAUGCCUUCCAGAGCCGGAUGGAGAAGAUUUUGCAGAUGUUCAGCAUAAUUUCCACUUACUCUGUACUGCAGGACUCCGAGAUUGAAGGGCUUGAAACCAUUGCCACCAGAUUCAAACCCAUCUUGAUGAGCAUGAAGAGCAAGUCCUACAGUUUCCUUGACCACAGAGUAACUGACUUUGACACUGACUUUGAGCAAUUUUGUAAGAGGACCUCUGAGCUCCACAAACAGCUUGAAAAAUUCAUGGAUGAUACCAUUGAAAGCAUCCAAAACACUGAGAGAGCUUUGGAUGUGCUGCAUCAGUUUGAAAGACUUGGCAUCCCAGAUCUUCGCACCGACACUAAAUAUCAGGUCAUCCUACUGAUGUAUGGCCAGGACAUUGAAUGGGUCUCUGACAUGUUUGAAAAGGAGAAGUCAAACCCCCCCGUCCGGAGGGACUGGCCUCCGAUGGCAGGUCGCAUCAUGUGGGCUCGGAUGCUGUCCAGGCGAAUCUCAGAUCCAAUGAAUUUCUUCCAACAGCAACCAGGUGUUCUUUCCACUCAAGAAGCAAAGAAAAUAAUCAAGAACUUCAACAGGAUGACGGAGAUUCUGUUGGAGUAUGAGAAGCUCCACCAUCACAACUGGAUGACAAAGGUGGAGGAUGCCAGACUGGGGUUGGAAGCUACUCUGUUGGUCCGCUUAGGGGAGACAAGAGAGCUGUUUGUGAACUUUGAUCAAGAGAUCCUGAUCCAGAUAAGGGAGAUAAACUGCAUGGCACAGAUGGAAUUAAAGAUCCCUCCAUUUGCUGCUGUUUUACUGCAGAAAGAGUAUUUCCUCCAGAAGAACUACAGCCAAAUGCAGUUUAUGCUCAGGGAGAACAAAAGAGUUCGAGCCAAGAUUCAGCCCGUCUUCCAGCAGCUGGCCAUGCUUCAUGUUGCUAAGGUAGAUGAGGCCAUUCAGCCAGGCUUGACCUUUCUCACCUGGACGUCGCUGAACAUUGACAAGUAUUUAAGGGACACUGAAAAAGCGCUGGAUGACCUGGAGCAACUGAUGAACAGAGUGAACGACCUGGUGGAGUAUCGGAUCGAUGCAAUCCUACAGGAGAUGAGUCUGUUCGAACUGUGUGUUCUACCUCAGGACAGUCCAGUCACUUGUGAGGAGUUGGUUCACGCCACCAGGGAACUUUGCAAAAAGCAAGCCCAGAACCUUCAAAAUAAGAGCGUGCUCGUGGAGAGCGCUGCUAAUGAACUGAUCCACAUGCUGAUGGUGUUUGAGGACAGUCCGAAAGAGGAAGAGGAGAAAAAUGAGGAAGAAAGCUGCUCUGACAGCAAGGCCACCGACCGCCUGGAGAGUGAAGGAGAAGACGAGCAUCCCGGUGAGGGCCGUCUCCUCUCCAGGAACACUUUGCCCCAGUCGGGUAGCAUCGGCCCCUCGUCUUCUUUGCUGAAGAAGAAAAAGAAAAUGGAUUUAAAAGACGUGAUGGAGGAGGAGGCCCAGAAACUGCUCUUCCACUUCAACCACCGGAACCUGGACGCUUUGCUCAAAAUGACUCGCAACACUCUGGAGAUGCUACGCAAACACUUUUACACUUCUUCUACCAACUUUAUAGGAGAGAACACAUCUCCCGGCGGAAACAGAAGCCGUGCUCAGCAGGCAAUCUUCAGAGUGGACGUGGUCCUCUCAAUACCUGACAUUGUGAUAAAUCCAGCCCUGGAGAGAGUCCAGGAGGCUUUGAACCAGGUUGUAGAGUGUGUGGUCAGUGUCAGCAAGGGAGUAGGCCAGUGGAGCAAAGAGAGGCUCUCUUUGGGAAAAAUGGAUGAAAGGUGCAUGAUGUCCCUAAAGCAAGACAGUUCUGAGAGUGAAGCAGAGGAUGUUGCAAGUCCUGCCGACGGCAGCAUCUCCAGCGCCUCUGUCAUCCAAGCUGCUCCAUUCAGAAACUACUACAAAAAUGUCUCAGAAAACAAGGAGGUUGUCAAGCUGGUCUCUAUUCUCAAUUCCUCCAUCACUUCCACUAAAACGGAAGUAUCGACCGCUUUAGACCAUUUUAGUCAAUACCAUCACAUCUGGAGAACUGACCGGGAGGACUCUUUGCAAAGGUUCAUGCAGACCAAUCCACUGCUGUCUAAAUUUGAGAGCCAGAUUGUGUUCUACCAGGACCUGGAGACAAAAAUAAACUCGGAACCAGACCACAUAAACGUUGGAGCUUUGGCUUUAUUCACAGCAUCGCUAAAGACGUCGCUGACUGUUGAAACAAUGCAGUGGAUGAGCGAUUAUCAGAUGUGCUGUAACAAAAAAUACCAACAAGAGCUGGAACAGAUCUUUGCAUUAAUUGAUGAAGCUGGAAAAAAACUCAAUCGACCAAUCAAAGAUCUGGAUGACAUUCGCGUUGCCAUGGCUGCAGUUAACGAGAUCAGAAAAGACCAGAUAUCAAUAGAGUUACAAAUUGGACCCAUAGAGGAGUCGUAUGCCAUGCUCUAUAAAUAUAAGUUUCCAGUCCAGAAGGAAGAGGGGGAAAGGGUGGAAACUCUCCGCUUAUACUGGGAUAAGCUCAUAUUCCGGUCCACAGAGGUUCAAAGUGAGCUGGAAUCUUUGCAACCGAAAUUCAAAAAGGAACUAGAGACCAACAUGAUGGUCUUUAAGGAAGAAUGUCAGAACUUUUACCAGGACUAUGACAAGCAUGGGCCGAUGGGGGCGGGGCUUGCUCCUCAGGAUGUCAGUGACAGACUCAUCAUGUUUCAGAAUCAGUUUGAUAAUUUGUUCCGGAAGUACACCACAUACUGUGACGGAGCAAAGCUGUUUGGAAUCACUGUUACCCAGCACCCUCAGCUGAUGAAGAUUCGAACAGAGCUGACUCUUCUCCAAAAGUUGUAUGGCCUUUACAACAACGUCAUCGAAACAGUCAAUGGUUACAAUGACAUCCUUUGGACCAACAUCAACAUCGAGAAGAUCAACAACGAGCUGCUGGACUUUCAGACAAGAUGCCGCAAACUGCCUCAGGCUCUGAAGGAGUGGCAGGCCUUCAUGGACCUAAAGAGAACCAUUGAUGAAUUCAGUGAGUGCUGCCCCCUGCUGGAGCUCAUGACAAACAAAGCUUUGAUGGCACGUCACUGGAAGAGAAUCACAGAGGUAACUGGACAAAACUUGGAUGUGGAAAGUGAAAAUUUUAAGUUGCGGAACAUCAUGGAGGCUGAUCCACUUAAGUAUAAAGAAGAGAUUGAGGACAUCUGCAUCAGUGCAGUCAAAGAGCGAGAUAUUGAGCAGAAGCUGAAGGAGGUGAUCACUGAAUGGGACAACAGGACGUUCACAUUUGCUGGUUUCAAGAACCGUGGAGAGCUGCUGCUGAGAGGGGACAGCACAGCCGAGCUCAUCGCCAGUCUGGAGGACAGCCUAAUGGUUCUGGGGUCGCUCAUGAGCAACAGGUACAAUACUCCAUUCAAAGCCCAAAUUCAGAAGUGGGUUCAGUAUCUGUCUAACACCUCUGAUAUCAUCGAACAUUGGAUGAGUGUCCAGAACCUCUGGAUUUAUCUGGAGGCUGUUUUUGUGGGUGGAGACAUUGCCAAAAAGUUACCUAAGGAAGCAAAACUCUUUUCAAGCAUCGAUAAAUCGUGGAUGAAGAUCAUGAUGCGAGCUCAUGAAAUGCCGAACGUGGUGCAGUCCUGUGUGGGAAAUGUGAAUUUGGGACAGUUGCUUUCUCACCUGUUGGAUCAGCUGGAUAGCUGCCAGAAGUCUCUUACUGGCUAUUUAGAGAAGAAGCGUCUGCUCUUUCCUCGUUUUUUCUUUGUCUCUGACCCCGCCCUGCUGGAGAUCCUGGGCCAGGCCUCUGACUCCCACACCAUCCAGGCCCACCUUCUCAAUGUCUUUGACAACAUCAAAUCUGUCCAAUUUCAUGAAAAGAUAUAUGACCGCAUUCUGGCGGUGUCAUCGCGGGAGAAGGAGACGAUGGAGCUGGACCGUCCAGUCACAGCAGAGGGAAAUGUGGAGGUGUGGCUGAAUGCUCUCCUGAAGGAAUCCCAGAGGUCUUUGCACCUCGUGAUCCGACAGGCCGCUCUUGCCAUCCAGAACGAUGGUUUCGAACUCAUUGACUUUCUCAACUCUUUCUCUGCUCAAGUCGGCUUGCUUGGAAUCCAGAUGAUUUGGACAAGAGAUUCUGAAGAUGCUCUCACCAACGCUCACUACGACCGCAGCAUUAUGUCUAAAACCAAUCAGUAUUUCCUGAACUUGCUCAACACGCUGAUCGAUAUGACCACAAGAGAUCUGGGGGCUGUGGAGAGGACAAAGUACGAGACCCUCAUCACCAUUCACGUUCACCAACGGGACAUAUUCGAUGACCUGUGCCGUUUGCAUAUUGAAAGCCCCAAUGACUUUGAGUGGCUGAAGCAGUGCCGCUUCUACUUCAACGAGGACUUAGACAAGAUGACCAUCAACAUCACAGACGUGACCUUCGACUACCAAAACGAGUUCCUGGGAUGCACCGAAAGGCUCGUCAUUACACCUUUGACCGACAGGUGCUACAUCACUUUAGCUCAGGCUCUUGGCAUGUGCAUGGGUGGAGCUCCUGCAGGUCCUGCAGGAACAGGAAAAACUGAGACCAUUAAAGACAUGGGGCGAUGUCUGGGAAAGUACGUGGUGGUGUUUAACUGUUCUGACCAGAUGGACUUCAGAGGCUUAGGAAGAAUAUUUAAAGGUCUGGCUCAGUCCGGCUCGUGGGGCUGUUUUGAUGAGUUCAACCGCAUCGAGCUCCCAGUUUUGUCAGUGGCAGCCCAGCAGAUUGCAAUAGUUCUGACCUGCAAGAAGGAUCGCCACAAAACGUUUGUCUUCACCGAUGGAGACAGUGUGGACAUGAAUCCUGAGUUUGGCAUUUUCCUUACCAUGAAUCCAGGUUAUGCAGGUCGCCAGGAGCUUCCUGAAAACCUGAAGAUUAACUUCCGCUCCGUCUCCAUGAUGGUUCCUGACCGGCAGAUCAUCAUUCGAGUGAAAAUGGCCAGUUGUGGGUUUAUAGACAAUGUCAAGCUGGCUUGCAAAUUUUUCACACUUUACAAGCUGUGUGAGGAGCAGCUCUCCAAACAGGUUCACUAUGACUUUGGUUUGCGAAACAUUCUAUCAGUCCUGCGAACUCUUGGAGCGGCUAAGCGCUCCAACCCCAGCGACACGGAGUCCACCAUCGUCAAGAGAGUUCUGAAGGACAUGAACCUCUCCAAACUGAUUGAUGAAGAUGAGGAGCUCUUCCUGAGCUUGAUUGAGGACCUCUUCCCAGGCAUUGAGCUCAAUAAGGAGGGUUACCCUGAGCUGGAAGCUGCCAUUGAUAAAAAGAUCCAAGAGGCAGGUUUGAUCAAUCACCCUCCCUGGAAGCUGAAGCUCAUCCAGAUGUAUGAGACUCAGAGGGUUCGGCACGGGAUGAUGGCCCUGGGGCCCAGUGGGUCCGGGAAGACAACCUGUAUCCAGAUACUGAUGAAAGCCAUGACAGAGUGUGGGCAGCCCCACAGAGAGAUGCGCAUGAACCCCAAAGCAAUCACUGCCCCCCAGAUGUUUGGACGACUGGAUGUGGCCACAAAUGACUGGACUGACGGCAUCUUCUCCACACUGUGGAGGAAAACUCUCAAAGCAAAGAAGGGAGAGCACAUCUGGAUAGUCCUGGAUGGACCAGUAGAUGCCAUCUGGAUUGAAAACUUGAACUCAGUUCUGGAUGACAACAGAACUCUCACACUGGCCAACGGAGACCGUAUUCCAAUGGCUCCCAACUGUAAAGUGGUUUUUGAGCCACACAACAUUGACAACGCCUCCCCAGCCACAGUUUCUCGAAACGGAAUGGUUUUCAUGAGCUCCUCUGUGCUCGGUUGGAGCCCUAUUCUUGAGGGUUGGCUAAAGCAGCGCUCCCCCAACGAGGCCGAGGUCCUGAGGCAGCUCUUCUCUUCCUCCUUCUCUGAACUGUAUCGCUUUAGUGUGCAGUCGCUAGAGUUCAAGAUGGACAUGCUGGAGGCCUUUGUCAUCACGCAAUGCAUCAACAUGCUGCAAGGACUCAUUCCACCAAAAUGUGGCGACUUACCCAGAGAGCACCUGGAGCGGCUCUACAUCUUUGCCCUCAUGUGGAGCGCUGGUGCCUUGUUGGAGCUGGAGGACAGGAAGAAGAUGGAGCUCUGGUUCAGGGGGAACGAUGCCAUCUGUCCAAGACUGCCAGACAUCCCUGCUGGCAGGGAAGAGACUAUGUUUGACUACUACGUCACAGCCGACGGUCAUUGGGUCCACUGGAGCACCAGAGUAGAAGAAUACAUAUACCCACCAGAUGUCACCCCUAAAUACAGCUCCAUUCUGGUCCCCAAUGUGGACAACGUUAGAACAGACUUCCUCAUUGACACCAUAUCAAAGCAGGGAAAGGCUGUUUUACUGAUUGGAGAACAAGGGACAGCCAAGACUGUAAUCAUGAAAAGCUUCAUGUCUAAAUACGACCCUGAGAUUCAACUGGGCAAAUGUUUGAACUUCUCGUCUGCAACCACGCCACUCAUGUUCCAGAGGACAGUAGAAAGCUAUGUGGACAAAAGGAUGGGAACUAUUUAUGGUCCCCCUGCUGGGAAGAAAAUGUCUAUUUUAAUAGAUGAUAUCAACAUGCCUGUGGUCAAUGAGUGGGGAGACCAGGUGACGAACGAGAUUGUCCGACAGCUGAUGGAGCAGAAAGGCUUCUACAAUCUGGAGAAGCCAGGAGAGUUCACCAAUAUAGUGGAUGUUCAGUUCCUGGCAGCCAUGAUUCAUCCGGGGGGAGGCCGCAACGACAUUCCACAAAGGCUGAAAAGGCAGUUCUCCAUCUUUAACUGCACACUGCCCUCCAACGCUUCCAUAGAUAAAAUAUUUGGUGUGAUCGGUGAGGGCCACUUCUGCGCACAGCGUGGUUUCACCGAGGAGGUUCGGGGAACCAUUCCACAGCUGGUCUCACUGACCCGACGUCUCUGGCAGCAGACCAAGAUCAAAAUGCUUCCUACUCCUGCAAAGUUCCAUUACAUCUUCAACCUGAGGGAUCUGUCCAGGAUCUGGCAAGGGAUGCUCUGCACGUCUGCAGAAGUCAUUAACUCUGUCCAGGUUCUGCUGGCGCUAUGGAAGCACGAGUGCAAGCGAGUGAUAGCUGACAGAUUCACCAUGCCGGAGGAUGUGGAGUGGUUCGACCAAACUCUUGCAAAGCUUGUGGAACAGCAGCUGGGGGAGGAACAUAAGAAAGUGGUGGACUGUGGUGUAGAAAGAUACUUUGUUGACUUCCUACGAGAUCCACCUGAAGCUACAGGGGAGGAGCCAGAAGACUCCGAUUUUGAUACGCCCAAAGUUUAUGAGCCGAUUGAAUCCUUUGAGAGUUUAAAAGAGCGUCUAAACAUGUUCUUGUUUCAAUACAAUGAGAUCAUUAGAGGCAAUGGCAUGGACAUGGUCUUCUUUCAAGAUGCAAUGAUCCAUCUAAUCAAGGUGUCAAGAAUCAUCCGGACUCCUGGAGGUAAUGCCUUACUGGUGGGUGUUGGAGGUUCUGGGAAGCAAAGCCUGACCAGACUUGCCUCUUUCAUUGCGGGCUACAAGAUCUUCCAGAUCACUCUCACACGCUUGUAUAAUACGAACAACCUCAUGGAAGACUUGAAGAGUCUGUACAGAAUAGCUGGUCAUCAAGGAAAAGGAAUCAGCUUCAUUUACACCGACAACGAGAUCAAGGAGGAGUCUUUCCUGGAGUAUAUGAACAACGUUCUGUCAUCUGGAGAGGUGUCCAACCUGUUUCCUCGGAAUGAGAUGGACGAGAUUCUCAGUGAUCUUGUUCCCGUCAUGAAACGAGAGUUUCCCAGGCGUCCACCAACCAACGAGAACCUGUACGAGUACUUCAUGUCUCGAGUCAGACACAAUCUCCACGUCGUCCUGUGCUUCUCCCCUGUGGGGGAAAAGUUCCGCAACCGGGCCUUGAAGUUUCCCGCUCUGAUAUCUGGCUGCACCAUGGACUGGUUCAGUCGCUGGCCAAAGGACGCGCUCGUUGAAGUGUCGCAGCACUUCCUCUCUGCCUUUGACAUAGACUGCUCUCCUCAGGUCAAGAGUGAGGUGGUUCAGUGCAUGGGCUCAUUCCAGGAUUGUGUUGCUGAAAAGUGUGUUGAUUAUUUUCUGAGGUACCGGCGCUCCACACACGUAACGCCCAAGUCCUACCUGUCCUUCAUACAGAGCUACAAGACCAUUUAUGUGGAAAAGAGAGCAGAAGUGCAAACACUGGCUAACAGGAUGAACACUGGACUGCAAAAGCUAAAAGAGGCGUCUGAGUCUGUGGCAGCUCUCAGCAAAGAGCUGGAGGUGAAAGAAAAAGAGCUACAAGUCGCCACCGAGAAAGCAGAUAUGGUGCUCAAAGAAGUGACGGUAAAGGCCCAAGCAGCAGAGUUGGUGAAGGUAGAGGUGCAGAAAGUGAAGGACAAAGCCCAGCUGAUAGUUGACAGUAUUACAGCUGACAAAGCCAUCGCAGAGGAGAAACUUGAAGCGGCACGGCCGGCUCUGGAAGAAGCAGUGGCUGCUCUGCAAACAAUCAAGCCAUCAGACAUCGCCACAGUGCGAACACUCGGCCGCCCCCCACAACUCAUCAUGCAGACCAUGGACUGUGUGCUGCUGCUGCUGCGGAGGCGGGUCAAUCCUGUGGAGAUCAACGCAGAGACGAACUUAAUCAUGCCUUCCUGGCAGGAGUCCCUCAAUCUCAUGACAAGUGGAAGCUUUCUGAGUGAAUUGGAGCAAUUCCCCAAAGACACCAUCAACGAGGAAACAGUGGAGCUGCUGCAGCCAUAUUUUAACUUGCCUGACUACAACUUUGACAGAGCCUGGAUGGCCUGUCGCAAUGUGGCCGGUCUUUUGUCUUGGACCAAAGCAAUGGCCUCCUUCUACACCAUCAACAAGGAGGUGUUGCCCUUGAAGGCUAACCUUGCAGUGCAAGAAAACCGUCUGACAAUCGCUAACAUCGAUCUGGAGAAAGCUCAGGCUGAGUUGGAUGCUAAGCAGGCAGAACUGAACCUCGUACGAGCGGAGUAUGAGGAGGCCAUGACAGAGAAACUGACCCUGCUGGAGGAUGCUGAGCGCUGCAGACGAAAGAUGCAGAUAGCAUCUAGUCUCAUCAGCGGCCUUGCUGGGGAGAAGGAGAGAUGGACAGAACAGAGUAAAGAGUUUGCGGCUCAAACCAAGCGCCUCGUGGGAGAUGUUCUUCUGGCCACGGCCUUCCUCUCUUAUUCUGGACCUUUCAAUCAGGAGUUUCGUAGCCUCCUGCUGACUGAGUGGCAGAGCGAGCUGAAGCAGCGCAGCAUCCCAUUCGGAAACAACCUCGACAUAACCGAGCUGCUCAUUGACACCUCCACUGUCAGCGAGUGGAACCUGCAGGGACUUCCCAAUGAUGAGCUUUCCAUUCAUAACGGCAUUAUUGUGACCAAAGCCGCCCGCUUCCCGCUUCUUAUUGACCCACAAACACAAGGAAAAACGUGGAUCAAGAACAAGGAGGCCAAGAACGAGCUGCAGAUCACGUCACUGAACCACAAGUACUUCAAGAACCAUCUUGAAGACAGUCUGUCUCUUGGUCGUCCCCUUUUGAUUGAAGAUGUCGGGGAGGAGCUGGACCCCGUGUUAGACAAUGUCCUGGAGAAAAACUUUAUUAAAACUGGAUCAACACACAAGGUGAAAAUUGGCGACAAAGAAGUGGAUGUGAUGAGCGGUUUCAGGCUUUACAUGACCACUAAGCUUCCUAACCCAGCUUACACCCCAGAAAUCAGUGCUCGCACCUCCAUUAUUGACUUUACCGUCACAAUAAGAGGACUGGAAGACCAGCUUCUGGGCAGAGUCAUUCUCACCGAAAAACAGGAAAUGGAGAAGGAGAGGACUGACCUUUUAGAAGAUGUGACAUAUAACAAACGAAAAAUGAAGGAACUUGAGGACAACCUGCUGUACAGGCUGACCAGCACGCAGGGUUCACUCGUGGAUGACGAGAGUCUCAUCGUUGUGCUCGGAAACACAAAGCAGACAGCUGAGGAGGUGACUCAGAAACUGCAGACAGCAGGAGAGACGCAGAUCCGGAUCAAUGCUGCUAGAGAGGAGUACCGACCUGUCGCCACUAGGGGCAGCAUCCUGUACUUUUUGAUCACUGAGAUGAGCAUGGUCAAUGUCAUGUACCAGACGUCUCUCACACAGUUCCUGGGACUUUUUGAUCUUUCUCUUGCUAGAUCCACCAAAAGCUCUGUCACCAGCGAACGAAUACAGAGCAUCAUAGAGUACAUGACGUUCAAAGUCUAUUACUAUGCAGCCCGCGGCCUGUACGAAGAGCACAAGUUCCUCUUCACUUUGCUCCUGACCCUAAAGAUUGACAUGCAGAGCAAAAACGUCACGCAUACGGAGUUUCUCACACUCAUCAAAGGAGGUGCAUCUCUGGACCUGAAGACCUGCCCUCAGAAACCUGCAGAAUGGAUUCUGGACAUGAGCUGGCUCAAUCUCGUUGAGCUCAGCAAACUGUGGCAAUUCUCUGAUAUUCUGGACCAGAUAAGUCAUCACGAGAAACUGUGGAAGUCCUGGUUUGACAAGGAAGCCCCAGAGGAAGAAGUGCUCCCAAAUUCUUACGACCAAUCACUUGACUGCUUUAGACGGCUUCUCCUCAUUCGCUGCUGGUGUCCUGAUAGGACUAUUGCACAGGCCCGAAAAUACAUCAGAGAUGCAAUGGGGGAGAAGUACACCGAAGGGGUGAUUCUCGACUUGGAGGGGACGUGGGAGGAGUCAAACCCACGGACGCCUCUCAUCUGUUUCCUGUCGAUGGGCUCAGAUCCAACUGACUCCAUUAUUGCUCUGGGAAAGAAGCUGAAGAUUGAAACUCGAUAUGUGUCCAUGGGACAAGGACAAGAGGUCCAUGCCCGGAAGCUGCUGCAGCAGACCAUGGCUAAUGGUGGCUGGGCUUUGCUCCAGAACUGCCACCUGGGCCUGAAUUUCAUGGAUGAGCUCAUGGACACCGUGAUAGAAACCGAAAGUGCUAAUGAGACGUUCCGUCUUUGGAUAACCACAGAGGUCCACAAAAACUUCCCCAUCACACUCCUGCAGAUGUCCAUCAAGUUCGCCAACGAACCACCUCAAGGCCUCAAAGCAGGCCUCAAGAGAACCUAUGGAGGUAUCAGCCAGGACCUUUUGGAUGUCAGCAACAUGAGCCAGUGGAAGCCAAUGCUGUACUGUGUGGCGUUUCUGCACAGCACGGUCCAAGAGAGGAGGAAGUUUGGUCCUCUAGGAUGGAACAUCCCCUACGAGUUCAACCAGGCCGACUUCAACGCCACCGUGCAGUUCAUUCAGAACCACCUGGAGGAUAUGGACGCCAAACAGCUUGUUUCUUGGAUCACAGUCCAAUACAUGAUCGGGGAGAUUCAAUAUGGCGGCCGUGUCACUGACGACUACGACAAGCGUCUGCUUAACACCUUUGCCAAGGUGUGGUUCAACAAGAAAAUGUUUGACCCGAAAUUUAUCUUCUAUAAGGACUACAGCAUCCCAAAGUGCUCCAGCGUCGACCAGUACCUGGCUUACAUUCAGAGUCUUCCAGCCUAUGACACCCCUGAGGUGUUCGGCCUUCACCCGAACGCAGACAUAACGUUUCAGAGUAAACAGGCCAAGGACGUGCUGGACACCAUCCUCAGUAUUCAACCAAAGGACAGCUCAUCAGGAGGAGGGGAGACCAGAGAGGCUGCCGUGUCCAGGCUGGCGGACGACAUGCUGGAAAAGCUCCCCCCUGACUACGUUCCCUUCGAGGUCCGGGAGCGCCUCCAGAAGAUGGGAUCUUUAAAGCCCAUGAACAUCUUUCUGCGUCAGGAGAUCGAUCGGAUGCAGAGGGUCAUAGCGCUGGUCCGGAGCACCCUGGUGGACCUCAAGCUAGCCAUAGACGGGACCAUCAUCAUGAGCGAGAACCUGCGAGACGCCCUGGACUGCAUGUAUGACGCUCGCAUUCCAGCUCGCUGGAUGAAGGAGUCUUGGGCCUCCAGCACUUUGGGGUUCUGGUUCACAGAGCUCCUCGAGCGGAACCGUCAGUUUCAGACCUGGCUCUUCAAAGGCCGGCCCAGCUGCUUCUGGAUGACGGGCUUUUUCAACCCGCAAGGCUUCCUGACAGCUAUGAAACAGGAAAUCGCCCGAGCCAACAAGGGCUGGGCCCUGGACCGCAUGGUGCUUUGUAACGAGGUGACCAAGCAGAUGAAGGACGACAUCACUCAGCCCCCUGCAAAGGGCGUGUACGUUUAUGGGCUUUACCUGGAGGGGGCCAGCUGGGACCGCAACAACUGCAAGCUCAUGGAAUCCAAACCCAAAGUCCUCUUUGAAAUGAUGCCUGUGAUCUGGAUGUACGCAGAGAAUAAUGUCGUGAAGGAUUCCCGUCUCUAUUCCUGCCCCAUUUACAAGAAACCAACCAGAACCGAUAUCAACUGCAUUGCAUCAGUGGGACUGAGGACGACCCAGCCUCCAGAACACUGGGUUCUCCGGGGCGUGGCUCUUCUUUGUGAUGUGAAAUGAUUGCUUUUUUUGUUCUCCAACAUACAGGUGUUUGUUAAAGAUGUUAAAUUCAUUUAGUUCAAGAGUUUCUAAUAUUUCUACAAUUUUUCCGUAGAGUCACACAAAUAAACACGGAUUACUCAAAAUAGUGGACUGUACAGCCCAGUUUUUGUACAAGUGACUGGUUUGUGUCGAAAUAUGUAUCUGUGUUUUUGAGAUAAAUUGAGGUUUUCUCUUUGCCUCUAUGCUAGUUUACUUUAAUAAAAUAUGUGUUAAAUCUUUAGAUUUAUUAUAAA